AUGGCGUCCGAGCGGAACGCGGUUUACUGCACGCUCCUGCUGAGCGAUACCUACCUGCCAGGUAAGCAAUUGGUGUCGAGUCGUCUAUUUUGGUGUUGGCGUGUUGAUCUAAUGGUCGAACCCCGUUUAGGUGCCAUGGUCCUGGCGCAUUCCUUGCGCGACAAUGGCACAAGAGCGAAGUUGAUCGUCCUCUACACACCGGACCAAUUACAACAAGCGACCAUUAAUGAGCUAAGGACCGUCUACGAUGAAAUGAUCCCAGUAUCCUCACUCGUAAAUGGCACGCCCGCAAACCUCUGGCUCAUGGACCGUCCGGACCUCAUCGCGACUUUCACCAAAAUCGAGCUCUGGCGCCUCACCCAAUUCUCGCGAAUUGUCUACAUUGACUGCGACGUUGUGGCUCUCCGCGCGCCGGACGAACUGCUUUCGCUGGAGGCAGACUUCGCCGCCGCACCUGAUGUUGGCUGGCCGGACUGCUUUAACAGCGGGCUGAUGGCGCUGCGGCCUAACCUGCAGGACUACUAUGCGCUGAAGGCGCUCGCGGAACGGGGCAUUAGUUUCGACGGCGCGGACCAGGGCCUGCUGAACAUGCAUUUCCGGGACUGGCAUAGGCUGAGCUUCACGUAUAAUUGUACGCCGAGUGCAAACUACCAGUACAUCCCUGCAUACAAGCAUUUCGAGAGUACUAUCAGCCUGAUUCAUUUUAUCGGGGCGCAGAAGCCUUGGAAUUUGCCGAGGCAGGUGGUUCCACUACAGUCGCCGUACAAUCAGCUGUUGGGACGAUGGUGGUCGGUUUAUGAUAAGCAUUAUCGGCCGCCGUUUGUGUCUACUUCCCGGCUAGCGACUGGCGUACCGCUUCCAGUACAAGACACAUCCAUCCCGCAAGGUGCAAGCUAUUCGUCGGGUACAGAUCACUUCGGAGGGCAACCUGGAGAGGCCCAUGGCGGAAAAUGGCCAGAGCAUCAACACGUUCAAUUCACAGAAGCAGGCUCUGCAAGCUUCCCUGGUGGCGUAGCCCAAGUCCAUCAAGACGUGUCAGCUCCCGGAUCGGUCGACCAACAGAUGCAACAUCUUCCCGCCCGGGAACAUUUUGAACCCCAUCCAGACACUCAACACGCUCAUCAUGCAGGCCACGAUAUCACCACAUCAGCGGGAAUGGCGAUACUGAGUGCAGUGCCGCAGUAUGUGCGCGGAGAAGAGCAGGUUUCGACAUACAUUCCACCAUUACCUCAUGCUCGAAUCCCAGCUUUCCAGAUCCAGAGAGAUCAACACAGCUAUCACCAAGAGCCCCAGACUCAUCAAGAGCAUCAUUCGCAAUCUCAAAGCUCUGAACCUGAUAUUCAUCAUCCUCAGCCGGUGGCACCCCUGCCACCUGCGGAUGAGCUGCACCAAGCCCCUCCUCCACUGGAGCCAGAGGUCCCAACCUUUGAAGCACCAAAGGCAGAAUGGGAUGCCUCACGAGAGCCACCACCGUUGAAUACCAAACCAGAAGGAGUCAACCUCCAACAAAAAACAUACACCAUGUCCGAAGACACUAGUUUGUUCCAACCGCCUCCAUCUUACCCUGAAGCACCGAAAAACAUGUACUACCAAGUCCCCUCGACAAAGCCAGCGUCACAACAGCUCAACCAGAUAUUCCCCUGGGAGAGCCACGCACCCAAACCCACCCGUAUUUUUGCACAAGAGCAACCUAUUCCUCUAGCCUCACCGCCUGAACCAACUAUACCACUCCAGGCCAGCGACUUGCCACCUUUACCCGAGACCUCACCACUCCGAGCGCCCUACGAGCCCUCCGCCGAGACUUUCGAAUCAUACACGCGCUCCAACGCCUGGGACGAAGAUCCCGACAUCCAACGCUACAUUGAGUCGAUCCAACAAACGCGGCGUGCCCGCACACAAGUUAUAUCCGGCUCCAGCCAACCAAGCACAAGCACGCGGUCUAGCCAAGACCUAUCAGGCUCAUCUACAACAACCCUUACUGGCCCUGUAUCCGGUCACCGGCCCAGCAUCAUCCUAACCGACUUCCCCACGGAAGUCGAGCGCCCCAGUCUCCCCGUGACUCCAGCGCCGAUCCAGCGCAACUGGGGUAGCGGCGGCGGCGAGGAGGACCACGAGAACGAUGCCUCUGGCACAGCCGCCCUCCCCGCUGCUGAGGGUGUGCCGAGCCAGGAGGACUGGGUGGGUGUCACGUUCUCCGAGCAACAUACUUAUUGUGGCGGUCUACAGAAUCCCCUGGCCAGCCUGGAAGAGCUGCACCGACGGCAGUCCGAGGUUUUGGAGCAUCCCGAGCGUUUGGAUGAGCGUCUUGCUGCGUUUGCAGGCGAGUCGGAGUCUCCGUGA